UGUUCCACUCGGCCUCCUUCACCCGGGCAUAUUCUCUCACAUUCACUCUGACCUCCUUUCAAACCGCCCUUUCUCUCAAAAGACCUCGCGCAGCCUUCCCCCUGCAGCUCUUCCUUUUCCUCUUCCCUCUCCCACACUUUUGCUCGGUACCUGCAGUUAGACUACAUACUUGCAACUUGCGUCACCACCAACACCAACGAGGUUCCUCUUUUUAGGUUCGGCAUUUUGCUUCAGACACACGACCCAUCGGUUUGGUCGAUCCAAAGACGCAUCAGCAGGGCAACGAUCGCCUCUUGCCUACCUGAAGCCGGAUCAAAAUGUCGUUCUCAUCCUCGAACUCAUCAUCAAGGCACUCGUCCAGAUCAUCGAGGUGCAGUUGCGACAGCUGCGCGGAGUACAGAUACGAAAGAACAUGCCAUGUCGACGGCUGCUCCAGGAAACAUGCAUUCCUUCGCAACGAUCCACUUAGACCGGAUAUCAGAAUCUACUCUGACUUUUGCGUCGAUCAUACCUGCAAGUUCUGUGUACUUGGCCUAGAAAUGUGCAAUCGUCCCAAGGACCCUCAGCAUCGUUUCUGCAGUGAUCAUCGGAGAUGCGGAGUGGUGGGCUGCGUUCGGACCGGAGAUUGCCCCUCGGGCGUGCCACUCCCGUGGAUGUGUCCGGACCACAAAUGCUUUGUCGAGGAUUGCUACAAGACUAGAGACAAGCUAUUUGGCUACUGCCUCGACCAUCGAUGCCAAGUAGGAAGCUGCUUCGAGAGACGUAUACUCAACUCUGAGUUCUGUGUCGAUCACCACUCACGGAUUUGCCGAGAGCUGAACUGCAGAGAGGUCAUAUACGCAGACCAUCGUUGCUUCAAUCAUCAACGCUGCAUCGUCAAGAAUUGCAAAUUCCACCGAUUCAGACGUCCAGAUGGCGGUCUCUGGGACUUUUGCGAAUACCACUAUGGCGAGUUCCGCUGUACAUACAAAGACUGCGACAAGCUGACGAUACCCGGCACUCGCUGUUGUGCCAUUCACAAGUGCACGUUUGAGGGAUGUGUCAACUUCCGAGACAAUGAGCUCGAUAAGGAGAGAGUCUUUUGUCGAGACCACGGGUGCGGUGCAUCGAGGUGCUAUGCUGUCGCCGUCGCUAUCGACGGAGGCGGCUUUCGUCCCUUUUGCCGGAGGCACACUUGCACAAUAGCUGGUUGCAACGAGGUAUCUGAGUUCGGUGUUCACUGUCACAAGCAUCGAUGCCACUGGAAGAGCUGCGAAAAGCCUUGCCUGAAGGAGGGAGAGUACUGCGGUGAUCACGAAUGCAAGAGAGCCGGUUGUCACAAAAUUGCCAAACUGCAGUUCGGCUACUGCGGAGAUCAUUGCUGCAAGAUUGACGGCUGUAUCAACUACUGCGACGUUACUGCCGACAGGAUAUGCUACGAGCACUCGAGAGGCGACCUCUUCGAUCGCAUCAAACAUCUCGAAAAGAAAUUGCGAGAACGACAACACGAGCAUAUUCACGAGCAUCACGACCACCACCAUCCGCAUUUCGACGACACGCAGAUUCGGUAUGACAAGCUGAUCAGAGACUACGACGAGUGCCUCAUCAGAUUGAACGAAAGCAGAGAGGAGAUCCGCAUCCUGCGCAGCACCUUUAUAUCACCAGACGAGAACCGCAUCUGGCGAAAGGAUCUCGAAGAUCGAAACGCUCGACUGUUGCUAGAUCUGGACAGGGAAUUGAAGAGAAGCGAGCACUGGGAGCGCAAAGCAAUUGAGUUCGGCCGGAGAAUCGACGAUCUCGAGGUUCUGUUGGCAGAGGAGCGACUCCGACAUCCAAAGUCGGAUGAAUACGUUAGACAAAUCGCGGAUCUCGUACGCAAAGUCGAGAUUCUCGAAGAUGAGUUGCGCAUCGAGCGCAACAACCAUCACAUUCACGCAGGACGACAGUACGAGAUCGAGAAGCUAGUCCGCACUAUCGAAGAGCUGGAGCGAAAGCUCAAGGGCGAUCACAUCAAGGUGGAUGAGCUCAUCAAAAAGGUUGAUCUCCUGCAGUCGAUACUCGCUGGCGAGAGAGAGCAAAAGGAUAUUCUUCUUGCUGAGCUUUCGAAGCGGGAUGAGUAUGAGAGAUUGAGGCGAGAUGAGCGCCGUCGACCCAGAAGAGGGAGCUGGGAAAGAAGAUCCCGCGACUCGCGGCCUUGGGGCAGUGUCUUUUGAGAAACGGGGACUGAACAUGGGAUUUUUCUCCAGGCACCAGACUCCUGGGUGACGGUCGCAUAACGGGAGAUCUCCGAAGUGAGGUUGGAUGCGUACGAGACGAGGAUGAAAAGAGUCUUCGGUGGCUUUACACGGGAUUGAGAGGUAGCUGGAGAGACGUUUAUUUGCAUUCGGCGUUGGUACUAGGGAUCUUUCGGGAAAAGGACAUGCGAUACCCAAAAUUGCCGCCUCAAAGGAACAGGCAAUAGUUAGUCAUAAAAAAAGUAACAGAGACAGAAAGUCAAGUGUCUUUGAAGUAGCGUCACAAUGAGUAGCUGGUUAACACCUCAUGGCUUUAAGUUUCAAUACGAUCUAGG